UCCAUAAAGAAGCUGCGUAAAAAGUUAAGGAAAUUACAAUGCCAUGCUUUUGGGCAUUUGUCCUGGCACUGAGCAUCUGCUUCCAGUUGGGAGCAGGACAUGCCAUGGAUCGAAGUUGGGAACUGCCAAAAGUUCGUAACACCGUGGAUGACCUCAGCCAUAUCUGCUUAGGUCGCCAGGAGGGCGACUUGGUGCCACAUCCACUGGACUGCAGUGGAUACUUCAGCUGCUCUCGCGUUCCCACCCUACUUUACUGCGAUCAGGGUCUUCACUUUGAUAGCAAUCGUGGGGUCUGUGAUCUGCCCGAGAAUACCAACUGUCAGAGAAGUGAUGUACCCGUAUCUACUGGAGAAUCCCAAGGCAGCCCAGCGGAUGACUCCGAGCUCAAUUGGUGGCCACACAAACCACGUCCCGUCUUCAUGGCGGUCGAUGUGAGUAAUGGCCAGCCAGUGAAUCCCAUGGAGAAGUAUGAUCCGGAGCAUAUUGAGUGUCGUCAUUAUGGUGCCUAUUUCCUGCCACAUCCUAAAAAUUGUGGCUUAUACUUCAUUUGCGCCUAUGGCCAUCUGCAUCGUCAUCAAUGUGGGCGUGGCACUCUGUGGAAUUUCGAGAAAUCCGAGUGUCAGCUAAACGAUCAGGCAGUUUGCUACGGGGAAUCCAGAGUUUCAGAACCCCAAACGGACAUGGAAUUGGUCGUGGGAGACACCACUCCAAGCAGUGAUGCACCAGUUACUGUUUGCUAUAUUGUCGGAUCGAGAGAAUUCACCACGCUCCAACAAUUGUUAACGAAUCCUGAGACCACCGAAUUGGUUCCCGUGACACCACCUUCUCCACCUCGUGCCGAAGUAACCGCCUUGACCUGUCCAUCUACCAAGCAGAGCUAUAUGUCUCAUCUGGAGGAUUGCAGCAAGUAUUAUAUUUGCAUCGGUGGUAUGCCGGUGCUAACCUCCUGCCCCAAAGGACUCUUCUGGGAUCAAAAGUCGGGCUAUUGCGAGUUGGAAAAGAAUGUAAAGUGUUUCCAGAAAUAAUCAAUAAACUGAGGCCAUGCAGCCAUGCUCUCGA